AUAAGUGCGUUGCUAAUAACAACAACAAUUUUGAGCAGUGGAGGCGAUCGAGAGACUGUAGCUUUUGAUCAAUUCUUAUAUUUAUUAAGUUUAAUCCAAAAAUAUGGCUGCACAGAGCCCAAUAGCUAAUGGUGAUGAUCCCGGCUCAUUGCAAAGGUUAUCACUGAUAGGAUUUGACGGAACAAUCCCAGGUGGUUUGAUAGUUCAUCCAGAUAGACAAAACCUGAUCUAUGGAUUGGGAGACACAGUUAUCAUUGAAGACAUUGGAACACAGGAACAAGUGUUGCUCUCAGAACAUACUAAUAAAGUGACCACUAUUGCCGUUUCUAAAAGUGGCAAAUAUAUAGCUUCUGGGCAGAUGACAUACAUGGGAUUUGCAGCUGAUGUCAUUAUCUGGAAUUAUGCUGAGAGAGUAAAGCACUGCAAAUGUUCUUUGCACAAAGUCAAAAUAGAAGCUCUUGCUUUCUCUCCUAACGACUUGUACUUGGUAACACUAGGAGGUCAAGAUGAUGGGAGCAUUAUUGUAUGGAAUAUUGAAACAAAGCAAGCCAUCUGUGGAGCUCCUGCACAGGUCCUUAGUGCUGGUAGUGCAAGUUGUGUGGUUUUUGCAAACAACAGAGAUGACCUUUUUGUUUCUGCUGGAUUAGGCACACUACGUGUUUGGACAUUAGAUGUUACAAACAGGAAAAUCAGACCAGAAGAAGUUAGCAUGGGGCAACUGAAGAGAGAUAUCAGAUGCAUGCAGAUGUCUGAUGAUGAUAGUUUUGUGUACUGUGGAACCACAACUGGGGAUCUGCUGGGAAUCAAUGUUGGCAGUAAGAUGUUUCAGUACAUUGGACCUGAAAAGGAGAGGUUUAGCAAAGGAGUGACUGCUAUGGCUUUGCUUAAGAAUGGAGAGAUCUUAGUUGGCGCUGGAGACAGCACUGUGGCAACUGUGAAAGGAAAGGAUAACGCCUUCAAGAGAACAAAGAAAAGCAAAAAACUUAACCAGGCUGGUGAAGUAACAUCAAUUGCACUCCGAGGAGAAGGUCACCAAUUUUUCUGUGGAACAAGCAAAUCCCACAUCUAUCAGUUCAACCACAGUGAAUUUAAAGAGACAUUGGUUCGGACUGCCCACUACCCUGCCAUCACAGAUAUAGAGUUUCCAUACGGCACCUCUGAGUUGUUUGGAACAAGCUCUUUCCAAGAGAUAUGCAUUUGGCAUCGAGCAACUACCCAGGAGCUCCGCAGAAUUGUUGUUCCAAAUAUGACCUGCAAUGCAAUUGCCUUUUCGAGAGAUGGCAAAUAUAUAGCUAGUGCAUGGAGUGAUGCUUCAGUCCGAUUUUUCCUGCCAGAAUCGGGGAAGUUCAUAUUUGACAUAAAACAAGCCCACAAACGUGAAGUCACAGCGCUGGCUCUCACCCCUGAUGGAAUGCAUGUAAUCUCAGGUGGCGGGGAAGGGCAGGUGAGGGUAUGGAAGAUCAAGGAAUGCUACACCAACAAAGGAAAGACUUACACCAACGAGCUAGUGGGGGAAAUGAAGGAACAUAAGGCCACAGUGUCUUGCAUCAAGGUGACAGAGGAUGGCAAGUCCUGCGUCACAGCCAGCAAGGAUGGAACUUGCAUUAUGUGGGAUCUAGAGCGAUUUGUUAGAAGUCAAAUCAUCUUUGCCAACACGCAGUUCAAUUGUGUGUGUUUCUACCACGGGCAAAACCAACAGCCAUGCCAGAUUAUUGCCAGUGGCACAGACAGGAAGAUUGGAUACUGGGAAACAUUUGACGGCUCCACAAUCCGUGAGGUGGAGGGCUCACUCAGCAGUGAUAUCAAUGGCAUGGAUAUAACCGCUGACGGCAAAUACUUUGUCACUGGCGGUGCUGACAAACUGAUCAAGGUAUGGUCUUAUGAUGAUGGCAAAGUGACCCAUGUUGGUAAAGGUCAUGCUAUGGCCGUAACCAAGGUGAAGAUAUGUCCUAAUUCUCAAUAUAUUGUGAGUGUUAGUGAGGAUGGUGCAAUUUAUAUUUGGUCAUUCCCUCACUAAACUUUCAUCAUUGACUUUUAUUGUCGGAAGUGUCUUGGUUGGGGUAUUUUCCUGAGAAAUUUGGGGAAUUACAAACAAUUCUGAACUUGAACCAAGAAGAACUGUUCCAGUUGUCUGUGUUAUAUAAAUUGUCAAAGCAGGCUAUCAAAUAUGGAAAAAUGUGUGUUAUAGACGGGGCUUUGAUUUAUUGACAAGGUGUACAAAGUGUGAAUUAGUUAUGUCACGUUUCAUUAUAAGCAUUCCAAUAGAACAAAUGUGGCAUAUAUUUAUCUUUUGAAAAUUGAUUACUUUUUGUUGGAUUACCCUGCAAUUAUAUGUCAUUUACUAUUGUGUAACCUUUAUAUUUUAAAAACAAAGUACCAACUUGGUUUUAACUUUGGAACAACAUAUUGAAUAAAAAGUGCUAAUUGUAUGACAGAGAAGCUCUAUUCUCUGCUUUACAUAGUUACUUACGUCUUUAAUAGAGAUGAAAAGACAUGACAAAUUAAUUAAGGAGUGCUUGAGCAACUUCUCACAUAUUCUUCCGUUUAUGACUGUUUUCAUGUACAGAUUUUUAGAUUUGGAAGUAGUUGGUCAACAAACAACAAAAUAAAUUUAUGCAUUUUUAUUUUUUUAAUGUGAGAAUUAUUGUGGUUGUAUGUACUUAACUCUUUCUUUGUAAAUAAAACUGUUUGACAAUUACAA